AUGUCUCAUUCUAAAUCUAAUACAACUUUCAUAAUUUUUAAAGCUUAUUCAGAAGAAAAUGAGCCAAUAGAUCCAUACAUAACUAUUUUAAAAAAUCAGGGAUAUGAAACUCAGUUAGUUCCCACUUUAGAAUUUGAAUAUCAUAACUUUGAUGUGCUUAAUCAGAAACUACAAAAGCCACAAGAUUAUUCUGGUAUGGUAAUAACUAGUCCAAGAUGUGCAAGAGGAAUCAUCAAGAGUUUGGCCGGUAGCAAGUUAGAUGAAAAUUGGCAGAAAAAACCUAUAUUUGUUGUAGGAGAAACAACAGCCCGGCUAAUAAACAAAGAACUCGGUCUUGAGCCAAUUGGAGCUGAUAGUGGCAAUGCUACGGCUUUAGUACCUACUAUUUUAAAAUAUGAAUUAAGUAAACCAUUAUUAGCUCCAUGUGGAAAUCUAAACAUUAAUAUACUAUCGGAUAGUAUAAAAUCUGUUAAAUUUGAAAAUAUAGAAGUUUACCGAACUAUACCACAUAAUAAUUUAAAGACAAAUUUAAAUAUGGUGUUGAAUCAAAUUAAAGAGCAAAUAGGAGUUAUUUUUUUUAGUCCUUCUGGCUUUCGUGCAAUAUUAGAUUUGAUGCCAAAACAAUUAUUUAGUCAAUUACAUAUUUUUGCUAUUGGUCCUACCACAGGUGCUGCUAUUAAGGAAGCUGGUUAUAUUUUAACUGGGGAAUGUGAAAAACCAAAACCAGAGUCUAUGUUAGAGAUGAUACAGUCAUUUAUUGAAUAA